AUGGAUGACUUUGACAUCGAGAUGGGCGACGCUGUCGACGUGCCAAUGGAAGAGCAAGAGGUUGCUGAUAUAUUAGUCGGCGAUGAUCAACAGGAGGACGGCGAGGUUGAGGAGCCCAUCACAAACGAGCCAGCAGGCGACGAUUCGCCAACCGUUUUACCACACAAAAUCCACAUCCGAGGCCUGGAGGUAUUGGACGAGACCCAACUCAAGCAGUACGUCUCCGCACAUGUCGGAGGAAAAGGUGCCGACCGCAUCGAGUGGGUAGACGAUUCGUCAGCCAACCUGGUCUUCAACUCCGAAUCAGCUGCGCAGGACGCCCUCAAGGCACUCGCAGCUGUAGAGAUCUUGGACGUGACCCAACUCCCGCCCCUCGAGGUCCUGCCCGCCAAGCCCGUUCCCGAGAGGCCAGAGGUCGCGCUGCAGGUGCGAUUUGCCCUGGAAUCCGACAAAAAGGUCAAGGGCGCCGCACAGAGAAGCAGGUUCUACCUCUUCCACCCGGAAUGGGACCCUGAGACUGAGGAAGGAAAACGCCGACGCGAGGGCCGAGACAGAAGAUACCGUGAUCGCGAGGACCGGGGAGGGUACCGACGAAAUGGGAGGGGCAGGUACGACGACCGCAACGAGGAAGAGCCUGAGCCAUUUGAUGUCAACCUCUACGACGAUGACACGGGCGCGCUCGCUCGACGCGUGACUCCGAGAGGCGAGCGACGAAGACGUGAUUCGCGAUCACCGUCCAACGAAGCAGAAUCCGACCGAUACAGGCCCCUCAACGCCGGAAAGGAACUCUUUCCCAGCAAUUCUAGAAAAGAGCUGUUCCCCAACAAGAAGCCCAGAGAUACGCUUCGUUCAGAGCGGGGAGCACACUCUCGUGACCGGUCUCGGUCUCCGGCUCGGGACGAGCAGGACGCGAUGAUGGACGAUCUCGCGAAGGACAGGGAGGCGCAGCGCAACCGCGAGAAGGCGCGAUCACUCAAGGAGCGCAUCUCCAGGCCAAAUCCUAGCAAUAGCGCCAGAGAACUGUUCCCUAGCAAGGCAUCAGGUGGUAGCAAGGCCCAAAUGGACCAAGUACCCGCAGACAUGCUAGCUGGUAUGCUACGACUUUCCUACGACGGCAGUGCCGAGUUUCCCCCUUCUUUCUCUGCAUUUCAUUCUCGGCAGACGCCAAGCCAAAGCAUCAAAGUGGUAACCCUCAAAUUUGUAGAUCGCAUAACGGACCCCAGCAACGGUAUCUCAAUCAAGGGUCUAGCGCGCCAAUCCAACUCACAGCAGGGAAUCUCGAUCAAGGGCAGCGCGAACAAGAAGGAAUUGUUCCCGGACAAACUCAGCGGGAACGUGAACUCUGGGAAGGAGCUGUUUACUGAUAGGCUUGAGGGAAGGGGUCGCAGGCGUCAAAAAGCGGAGGAUCUGUACUUCUGA